UCCUCACGCCUCCACUCCUCUUUCUCCAUUCACUGAGAAAGCUCUGAGCAGAAGCCUCUCUCCUCCUUGAAAGGACUCCAUCUCUCCAGGCUGAACAAUCUUUUACGGCUGCUGCGGGGGGAAAGAUCACAGCUGAUCAUCGUGUUUCAUUUCUCUUCAUUUCUCCUCCACUUGCUGCUGUUGCUGAGAAAAGUUGACUGCUUUGACUUUGAGGUCGCCAUGAACUUCUGUCGGACUGAAGGAGUUACCAGAUCAGCCGUGUGGUGCUGUUAACAAUUGAUGCGCAAAAACUGAACCACAGAAGAAUUGAAAGAGAAGAACCAGUUCUUACAGUGAGAGAAAGACAGACUCUCAAGGAUUAAGAGGGUGGUGGCUGAUUUGGGUUUGGGUCAGUGAGACACACAGGCAGGGAGGCAGACAGGUAGAAGCUACAGGAAGACCGAUCAAAUUUAAAAAUAGCAUACCUUUGUCCUAGUUUUGUCCCCUGGACCACAAUGGGUUCAGACGUACGUGACCUGAACUCCUUGCUGCCCCCACUCUCUGCGGGCCCCAGCCCCGGCUGCCCUGCCAUGCCCGUCAGUACGGCCCCUCAGUGGGCUCCUGUCUUGGACUUUCACACCACUCCCUCGCCUUACUCCACCCUGGCCGCCCCCCACACCUCCCUGGGGCCACACUCCUUCAUCAAGCAGGAGCCCAGCUGGGGGGCCACCAGCGACCCCCACCACCACGACACAGACCCUCACUGCGGCCUCAGUGCCUUCACCGUCCACUUCUCGGGGCAGUUUACUGGGACCGGGGCCUGCCGGUACGGGGCAUUCGGUGCACCCCCACCACCACCAUCCAGUCAACCGCCGUCUGUGGCCGCCCCACACCACCACCAGCCCCCCAGCCGGAUGUUCAGCAACACACCGUACCUGACCAACUGUAUGGACACACAGCAGGCAGCCCGCAACCAGACAGGUUACAGCACAGUUGCAUUCGAUGGAGCCGGUAAUUACGGUCACACUCCUACACACCACAGCUCGCAGUUCUCCAACCAUUCCUUCAAACAUGAAGAUGCUUUAAGUCAGCAAAGCACUAUGGCUGAGCAGCAGUAUCCUGUACCUCCUCCUGUCUAUGGAUGUCACACACCUUCAGACAGUUGUACAGGCAGCCAGGCACUGCUGCUGAGGAACCCUUACAACAGCGGAGAAAAUUUAUAUCAAAUGACCUCUCAGUUGGAGUGUGUGGCAUGGAACCCUGUCAAUACACUGGCGUCCACCAUAAAGAGCCAUGCAGCAGGCUACGACAGUGACCCCAGCACCCCCAUGUUGUACAGCUGCAGCACACAGUACCGCAUACACACACAUGGAGUCUUCAGGGGAAUACAGGAUGUGCGGCGGGUGCCCAGCAUCACUCCAGCCAUAGUGCGGUCAGAGAGCAGCGAGAAGCGUCCGUUCAUGUGUGCCUACCCAGGUUGCAACAAACGUUACUUCAAGCUGUCUCAUCUGCAGAUGCACAGUCGCAAACACACAGGGGAGAAACCUUACCAGUGUGAGUUCCCAGACUGUGGCCGGAGGUUUUCUCGCUCUGACCAGCUCAAAAGACACCAGAGGAGACACACAGGAGUUAAACCCUUCCAAUGCGAGACGUGUCAGAGAAAGUUCUCUCGGUCUGACCACCUUAAGACACACACCCGGACUCAUACAGGUAAAACAAGUGAGAAGCCAUUUAACUGCCGAUGGCCGAACUGUCAGAAGAAGUUUGCCCGAAGCGAUGAGUUGGUGCGACACCACAACAUGCACCAGAGGAACCUCACCAAGCUCCAGCUGGCCAUCUAAGUCUUUUGUUAGCCCAUAUCACAGUUUUCAAUGUAAACAUCUGGGUUACAUCUGCUUAUAUUGUCUGUCUCUGGUUAAUCCAAACCUGGUGACCCCAUUUGCGCCCCAAGCCCGUGUGGGAACCAGCGAAUCCUAAUGAGUUUCAGUAAAAAAUGUAAUUGUAGUUGUACAUAAUUUAGAUUUUAAGAACUAGAUAUCACAGUCUACUAGGCAUGGGCCGGUGUGCGAUUUUGAUGGUAUGAUAACCUUCAGCAAAAAUAUCACGGUUUCACUAUAUUGCAAUUACAGCUUUAAAAUGUUUUUUUUUUUUUUCCUUUGAACGCAAUGUAUUUUAUUUUUAAACACACUGCACACUGGCAGGGAGAGAGCUUUCUAAACUGCACUUCCUGUCCUUAUGUCAACUCAUAAAAAACAGCUCAUACCUUAAACGGUAUGACAGAAAAUGUUAGUGGUUUUGAAACCUUGACUUUUUCAAACCGUGGUAUACUUUGAAAACGGUAACCGGGCCCAUGCCUACAGUCUAUGCUCUGAGCCAAAAAAGUCACAGAUCCACUGUCUCUGUUUCCAAUCCACACAUUUUGGAAACAGUCUCUCUUCAUCCAGGGUGUGAAAUUUACAGGAUAAGGCUGUCAUUAUUCUAUAUUUGUGUUAUUUACCAACAAAUCCCAUUAAAAGACCAAAAUCAAGAAUGUUAGGUUGUGUUCAGACAGACAUUAGCACUUUCUAAAACCCACAGCCCCCCUCAAUCAAUUCCAGCGGGGGUUCCAGUGAAAAAUGCUUGUUUGACCAGCAAAAUUGAACCUGACUCAAUUAUUUCUCGUAGUAAGCUACUAUACAGUGUUUUAGUGUCUGAUAAACCUUCAAACUCACCUCUCACCAGUACCUGAAACAACAAGUCCUCACCAACACAUCCCCAUGUUUUUCGUUUAACACAGUGCUGUUUCUGAUUGGAAAGCUACAUUUGUUUUGAAUUUGUUUGGAAAUAAAACUGAACAGCGAGUUUUAAAGUGGUGCGAAAUUUGCAAUACAUCAUGUCCAACACCACACACUUCAAACGCAAGAAAUAAAGUCUAACCCGUGUCCACAGUGUCCGACAGCCAGCACACUUGUUUAUUGCUGCUUGCUUACCUAUCAAAUGGAACUGCGUCAUGCGUAAUUAUGGCAUGUUCGUACACAUGGAAGUGAAGUAAUAAAUAACAAACGUAGCCAAACCACAAUCUUUUUCUAAACUUACCUAAGUAGUUUUGUUGCCUAAACCUAACCAAGUAGUUUUUCUACCUAAUCGUAACCAAACUGCCACCAUUUUACAAGUUUGACAACAUGUUUAAAACCGGUACCAUUAUGUUUCUGUAAAGUGCCCAUGUUCCUUGUAAGGAAGGAACAUGUCACCAAGUGCAACUGUGUGGCAGUUCAAUGGCAUUGAGGUCUGUGACAAUACUUGUUAGUAGGAUCAAUUCAUUGUUGGUUUUGGUCUUUUCAUGGGAAUAAAUAAAACAAAGAAUAUCACCAGACUUAUUCCUUAAAGAAAUAUUUCCUUGUUUUUAAUUAUCGUUUCAUAAAGUCAGUCAGUACGACUGAAAAAGGGCAUCAUUUAUCUUGAGUGUCUGUUUACCAGUAAGUUUUUUCCACAGGCAAAAAGUGCUAUGUAAAGGAGAUGUAAAUAUAAAAAUGUUCACACUACAGUACAUUUAUUUUACAGAAGGUUCCCUUUACCCGGACUGAUUGUUGGUAUCAUUGCACAUCAAGACACUCCAGUCGAAUCUCAAACAAAAAUCUUUCCAUCUUAACUAUAAUGUAAUACGUCAUUCAUCCCCAGUUAUUGACUGUUUUUCUUGCCAUCAUCCGUAACCAUGUGUACAGUGAGGUCAAAGGUCAGCUAUAUAUAUGCUCCUACAGCUAAGCACCUUUUCAGCUGUAAAUAUCUCUUAUGUUGAACUACUUUGGGCUUAUUUAUUAUCUGUUUGUGGACAAAAAUGGCUUUCCCUGGAAUGAUUUGAAGGGAGUGAGGUGUCAUUCAGUCUCUUUGCUGUGCUCAUGCACAUGAUAGCCCUCUCUGCCUUUUUCUUAUAGUUUUCACGGUUCAUAUCAUCAAGAUAAUGCUGGGUUUGAUUUAAAUCAAAUUAAAUGAAUAAUUUGCAUCGAACACCCUAUGCAGUGUUUGCAAUGUAAGCUUUUUGUGUUUUGUAUGGUCAGCAUAAAAUAUACAUUGCAAACACAAAUAUGGUUGAAUUCAAAAAGCAACUUUUUAUUUUUAUUUUUGAGUAAUGCCUUAGUGCUGUUGGAGUUAAAUUGUCUGGAGUCUCUUGUCUCUGUGGUGUGUAAAUAAUGCUGGACUUUGGCAGUGUAACACUGCGAGCUCUAAAAUAUGUCUGUUUGGUCACACUGGCUCUGUGGCCGGGACAUUAUGGUCAAGAUGUAAAUAAUACUUCUUCAGCAUGGGAACUGAACUCUUUCCAUGGGAAAAUAUGUAACUUAACUGAUAUAAUUUAGACUUUAAUUUUUCUUUCUUUCAUGUGCAUUAAUAAUUGAGUCAUAAAACAGCAAAUGUCAGUGAAUCAUUUUGUGUGAGAUAAAUUGAAAAUGAUGGUUUCUCUCUGUUAAAAUGUAUCGUGACUGUUUUGAUACAGUA